AUGGAGCGUUUCAAAGUCAUGAAGGCGUCCGGGUCGAAACACAGUCUGAACAAGUAUUACGGGGCCACUGACGAAGACGUGGAGAAUACCGCGGGACUGUUGGAGAUGACGAGCGUGUCGGGAGGUUCGCAGAUCGACGAGAACGUUUCAGGUAUAAUAUUACAUACAUGUACAUUUACCUUGUCGCGUUAACGAAAACCGCCAUACUCGGAUAACGCGCGUUUGAUGGCUCGGUCGGUUAAAGUGGCGAAAACUCCGUCCCCCCAGGGAUUGUCGUCCCGGUGAAGAAAAUUUCGUCACUCGCCGCCUAAAAUCGUUUGAAACGCGUCACUGUGAUGGGCUGGAGACUGCAUUGACUGUGACAAUGAAUUCGCCACAUUCGCAAGACGGGUCGAACUCGAGACGCUUUCGAAGACUGUAUUUCAAUACAAAGGGUAUUUGUAAUCGAGAAGGGCUGUAGUUCACGUUAUCACUAUCUGGACCGGGUUACGGCCGUAAUACGAUCGGGAGGGAAGGUGGAUAAUAUACUCUUAGGGUUCUUAGGGUUUUUUUUUUUUUUUUUUGAGUAAACAUUUUUCGUGUUGACCGCGAUAAUCAUGUUAUAUCAGUGUACCGUUACGAGAUGCUCGUAAUUCAUAAAAAAAAAAAAAAAGAAUCUGAGGACGAAUUUAUGAAUAUUUUGGUAAGUCCGUCAAAUAAAGUCCCGCAGGGUGAAACGUCCGGAUCUUUUAAUGCACCAGAUAAAAAGAAAUUCUGAACUUUUUUACUAGGUAACCGAAAACAUAAAAAAAAAAAAAGGAAAAAGUCGAGGUCUCCUUUAUCUCGUGAACCGGGGCCAAUGUAUCCCUAACGCUCCCCUUAAUCCAGCCCCUAUCAUUAUAGUCUCUCGUAGUUUCACGGUGUUUUGCGUGUGACAUAGAUUCCCCCGUUACGUUUUACCCGAUAAUUGUUACCGAGGACAAUAACAGAAUCAAUAUCAUACAAUAUCUUUAGGGGUGUUUUUAUUUUUGUUUAUCGUAAAUACAAUAUAAUAUAUAUGUUACGGCUAUUGUUGAAAAUCGAAUAAUGUUUUCUUUUCGUUCAGCAGGACCGAUUUUAUGCAUUUAAUUGUGAUUAUUAGAGCGAUUUGGCCAAUUACAGAAUGUAAAGAUGAGAGCGAUUUGUGUGUUUGUACGUCGGCGUUUUGCUGAUGUUAUAAUUUUUAAGCGAGAUACAAAUCGUCACUAAAACCAAAUCACAGAGAUCGUUUUAAUGUUUAAAUAUGAUAGUUGACCGAUUCGCUGUGAUAUUCAAAAAUAACGACACGAAAUAAUCGGACGAAAAAUCGACAUUAUCAAACGUUCAACGUAAAUGUUGUGAAAUCGGUUGAUGUUUCUAUAUUUAUAAGUUUUUUUUUUUUUUUUAUAUAAACGAAAACCUGUUAGUUUUAACAUCAGUGUGUAUUUGUCUAUUAUUGAACUCAAAGAUUAGAACAUUGUCUACGUUAUGUGUACGUUAGUUUCUUAUGAUAUUUUAGUUUUCAAAAAAAAAAAAACCAACGUAUAAACGAACAAAAACGAUCCCUUUUUACAUUUAAGUUUGAUAAUAGGCCAAAUAUACUUUAAUAUAAAAGUUGACGGCACUAAUUAGGUUAAUAUGUAAGCGUAACGGCAUUGACCGAUCUCCCGACGUUUACCGCCAAAAAAUAUAAUACAUCUGUGGAUUGGUGCAAGAAGGGCCGACGUCUCGUCUCAAUUUGCGAUUGGCUGGAAAAUGGGCUUUGGAAACGUUAAAACUCCAUAAAGACUGGUGUAUUUUCUUCGGGUACGUACAUUGUUGUGUGAUGUUCAACGUUUUCACCAAGACUUAAACGAUUUUCGUGUAGAAAUUGACAAACCGCGUACAUUUUUUCAUUUGCUAUUCUGACGGACUUUUUCACAAAGCCGACACCGGCCGUUUCCGCACCGAGCCACAGCGGGUCACACACGGCGGCGCGUCACACGCGGCGAGUGUUACGCGAACAGCCGCCGUCGUCGGGGCCGGUCGGCGUGUUUGUAAGCGCCGCGACGGCGGCGGCCCCGUGUAA